AUGAGGUUCAUUUAGGACUUCGUUAGGUUUAUCAGAAAGCAUUUGUCAAGGCAUCAUGAUACCGUCUUUCCCAUCCAGCCGCGUUACUGUGUACAGUGUGUCAGCUCCAUAUGACUCUGGCCAGACUGCAGGGCAGGAAAGUCCCCGUGUUUGCUACUGCCUGUCCUACCGAGAAAGCUUGUGUCAGAAGUACCAUGUCUUCCAAUGGAUGAGGCUGUGUUUCUGGAGAAGAUGGCUUCUAGGAAUAUUACUUAUAGUUUCUUUGAUAGUUACAGUAAUUGUGAUAGUCCUGCACUACUCGUUCUCGCCAGCUUUUUCCUUCAUUUAUAUUGGUGGAAGUGUAGAAAUUCCUAAUUUGACUUAUACAAAUGACCUCAAUGAUCCUAAGUCACAGAAAUUCCUCCUGCAAGCUGAAGCAAUCCAAAAUUAUUUUGCAGAAUCGUAUGAGUCUUCAUCUUUGGGAAAGUACUACUUGAAGUCUGCAGUGGCUGCUUUCAGUGAAGGAGAGUCUGGACUUCGAGCUUACUACUGGAAAACAUUCUGGGCCCCAAAAGAUAUGGUUGCUUCUCUUAAAAAAUUAACCCCAGUGGGAAAAAAAGAAAUCAGUAAUAAACAAGUAGCUCACAUGUUCAGUUCUUCUGGGAACGAAGAUUUUGAUCUCGUUACAAUGGAGUUUUUUGUUUCAGAUUCCACAGAAUAUGAUGUGAUGCUAAAAUCAGCAGUAUCCUUUGACCUGUAUACCAAGCCAGGUAACAACAGGACUCUAACUCUGAUGAAUCCCAAAAAGUCUUUUUAUCAAUGGAGACUGCGAGUUCCUUCUAAUUGUGUGGUGAGACUGGUAGUUAUUACUUCACAUGGUGUCACUCCAGAGAGCUGUGCAUCACGCAACUUAUCAGCAUAUGAUUUCCUUCUUCCUCUGCAGAACAAGAUCAUUACAAGAUGGUGUGGAUCUGGGGCUUGGACUCCUGUUGUACGUUUAACUUCAUCAAGUAAUGUAAUGUUGCUUACCUUCUCAUUGGACCAAAGAGAAGAAAACAACAUAUUAAAAGCUCACUUUCAAGCUAUUCCUAAAAUCAUGUGUGGUGGUCAUUAUAUUUCCUGGAAUGGGACACUGAGUUCUCCUUAUUACCCAAGUUACUACCCGCCAAACAUUGAUUGCAGCUGGAUCAUCAGAGCACCAUUGCCUGGUUACAAGCUCUCAUUAAAAAUUCUCAUAAUCCAAAUUCAAGAGAAGUCCCCAGGGUCCAGUAACUGUGAUAAAGACUGGCUAGAAAUUGAUGGAAUUAGAUACUGUAAAGCUCUCUCAGAAAACAACAGAAACAAAGAAUAUGGCUAUUCUGUUGCAAUCAACUUCCAUUCUGAUGAGCUGGUCACCCACAGAGGGUUUUAUAUUGAAUACAAAGCCUUCAGUUACACAGACCGUUGUAAUCCAGAACAGUCAAACUGUGGUGUUGGGAAGUGUAAGCAACAGUAUAAGACUUGUAAAGAUGACAGUUGUGGGGAGGACAGUGAUGAAAACAGAUGCUCCUACAAAAGUUGCUCGCCUUAUGCAUACAAAUGCCCUAAUGGAAAAUGCUUGCUGAAACCAAAUCCUGAGUGUGAUGGGAAAAGAGACUGUGCAGAUGGAUCUGAUGAAAUUAACUGUGCCUGUGGAAGACUUCAGCUUAAGAAAAACAGAAUUGUUGGAGGUGAAGAUGCAAGAUCUGGAAAGUGGCCUUGGCAAGCAAGUUUACAGAUGGGAGCACGUGGCCAUUUAUGUGGUGCAUCUGUUAUUUCUGAUAGGUGGCUCAUAUCUGCUGCCCACUGCUUCCUGGAUUCUGAUUCUGUGAGAUACUCCAAACCUUUGGGAUGGAGAGCAUAUAUGGGCUUACACACUAUUAAUGAAAAAAGCAAUCAUGUAGCUGUGAGAUCAAUCAAAAAGAUUAUUGUCCACCCACAGUAUGACCCGUCUAUCUCAGACUAUGACAUUGCUCUGUUGGAAAUGGAGACACCUGUGUUUUUCAGUGAGCUGGUACAGCCCAUUUGUUUACCCAGCACCUCUAGAGUAUUUGUUUAUGGAACUGUCUGCUAUGUAACUGGCUGGGGAGCCAUAAAAGAAAAUAGUCAUCUUGCCAAAACACUGCAAGAAGCUCAAGUGAGAAUAAUUAACCAAAGUGUUUGCAACAAGCUGUACGAUGAUCUUAUCACAUCCCGUAUGCUGUGUGCUGGGAAUCUUAAUGGUGGCGUUGAUGCAUGCCAGGGGGAUUCUGGAGGUCCUUUGGCCUGCACAGGAAAGGGAAAUAGAUGGUUCCUUGCUGGCAUUGUGAGCUGGGGUGAAGGAUGUGCUCGGCGCAAUCGUCCUGGUGUAUACACUAAGGUGACAGCACUUUAUGACUGGAUUCGUCAGAAUGCAAACUGAUGUGCCAAGGAGAGGGUGCAGAUCAUCUCCCUUAUGAAAGCUGCUUCCUACAGUAGUCUGUCAUGUCCAUCUCUGAUAAUAUAUCAUGAAAAUGUCAUUGACUCUUUCUCUGUGGAAGAAUGCACUUUAUUAAGGAAUAAACUAUCAUUUGUGAUUUACCCAGCAGUAACUGUUCAGAUUCAGAGCAACAUCAGGUCCCUUAUGGAUUCAUCUUCCUUAUUCCCAUCAGCAGACACAGCAAUGCCUUUAAAAAAAAACAAAAACAUAACCUGGGUUAGAACCUAUACAAAAAAACAAGCCAGAUCUCUUUUUUACAAAUCCUCUCCCCUCCUUCCAUCUCCUUUGCUAUGUGUAUAUGUCUAUAUAUAUAGAUAUGUGUAUAUUUCUACAUACACAAACUGGAUAUUCAUGGCCACAUCCCAUAUACACUCAACUCAUACAUGUUACCUUAGAGAUGUUACAGGAUUCUAAACAUAAAUUAUUAUUUCAUGUGUGUUGAAAAGACAAGUACUAUGAUCAAUAUAAUGUACAAAACUGAGAUUAAUUCAGUCUCUAGUUAUGCUGUCACUGGAUGACCAUUACUUUCUGGGCUGUAUCCUGGGCAAUGACAAAUUUAUUACACAAGCUAUACUCAAAGCCUAUAUUUUAAGGGGGUUAGUAUCUUUAAAGUCUAGUCAGUCAU